CAAGUACGGGCAUGCUAUUCGACGGAGCAUGUACGGAUCAAACCGACUAGCCCUUGCGCGCAACUGUAUUUAUGGACCCCGUUCAUAAGGACGUCGUAAGCUGCACCGUACUUGUGAUAUUGCGUAAUGAUUUAAAGUCGAUCGAUCCCUACGGCACCUUUGUCCCUCGAUCCAAUAAUUUAUUUCCAUCCUCGCCCGAGCUCCACGAUAUCCUUCCAUUCUAUUUCCAGUCUUCAGAAUGCAUCUACUCACCCCCCUACUCGUUGUCACAGCCCUGGCAAAUCCAUUCCUUACCACCGCCAAAAUAGUAGUCAUCAAGUCCACCGGCGAGGCACCGUUCUUUGAUCCAACAAACACCACUGCCGAUGUUGGAGAUAUCCUCGAAUUCCAUUUCAAAGCCCAUAACCGGAGCAUAGUUAGGGGCGACUAUGACCGGCCCUGCGAGCCGGCUGCAUCCGGAGGCUUCUAUUCAGGUUUCUUCGUGCAAGACAACACGAACACAGAAAACUCAACAGUCUUCCGCGUCACUGUGAACGACACAGACCCCAUUGUCUACUAUUGCUCGCAGAACGGGCCCGAGUUCGGUAAUCACUGUAAAGAACAUGGUAUGGCGGGAGUGGUCAACGAGCCCAAUGUGUCCAAACUCCAGGACUAUAGGGACGCGGCUGCCUCGGUGGACACCAGCGUCACACCGGACUCUGGUCCCUUCGGAGGCGUCUUUGCCGAGAACCCAGACGCUGACGCCGUGAGCGGCACUGCUUCUGCAGGCUCGCCGGCUUCAACGUCAACGAAUGCGGCGGCUGAAGGUCGGAACUAUCUGUGGAGACAAUCUUGUUGGCUCAUGUCUGUGAUGGUUAUUGUGGCUGCCAUUUGACUGCACUGUGUGGUCCUCAGCAUUUUAUAGAAGUCUCUUCUGUUCUUUUUCUUCUUUCCUCAGGGUUCACAGUUCCAUUGCAUGCAAAUGCUGAAAAUCUGAUGAGGUCCACUGGGGGAUAAAUAUGUAAAAUAAAUUGUUCAGU